CAGGAGCGAGAGAUCAUGCCUGGCGUGUCCAACUUCACGCAGACGCUGGAAGAUGUCUUCAGGAGGAUUUUCAUCACCUACAUGGACGGCUGGCGCAGGAACACCACAGCUGAACAGGAGGCACUCCAAGCCCGAGUGGAUGCCGAGAACUUCUACUACGUGAUCCUGUACCUCAUGGUGAUGAUCGGCAUGUUCUCCUUCAUCGUCGUCGCCAUCCUGGUGAGCACGGUGAAGUCCAAGCGGCAGGAGCACUCCCAGGACCCCUACCACCAGUACAUCGUGGACGACUGGAAGGAGAAGGACAAAAGCCAGAGUCUGCACCUCGAAGAAGCCAAGGCCACCGUCCACGAGAACACGGGGGCAGUGGGGUUUGCACAGUCUCCAUAA